ACUAGAAAUUCUUGUAGGAGAUUUUUCACAGUAAUUAAUUUAGAAUUUAAUAAAUAUAGUGUUAAUACGAAGUUACGCUUAUGAAUUCUAAUGCCUUAUGCCGGUGCUGCCUGGCACGGCCACCGGACAAGGAUCUGAGGUCGCUUUACUCGUGUGAACGACUGAACAAAGCUGAAGUGUAUGGGGACAUGCUAAAGGAAUGUUUCGAAAUUCAUUUUUCGCUGGAGGGCUGCGACAGUGAUAAUGGUAUAUGUGAGGUGUGUGUCGCGAGGCUGCGUGAUGCCUGGGACUUCAAGCGCCAGGUGAUGCAGUGCCAAGAGGAGUUCAAGCUGAAGUUGAUGGAGCUUGCAGUUGAUGGCAAGGAUGAAUUACCCAAAAUCAAAGAAGAAUACUCGGAUGACGACGAGAAUGGUAUUUAUUUUUUAGAACCGAAGGAGGAACUUUCGGACUUUGAAGAUCUUAAAGAUAAGGAUAAGUUGGCAGAAUUCCUCGGCCUUGAUGACGUUCCACUCAAGAGAAGAGAAAAGAAGAGAACCAGCAAGAAACGGCUGCUUCUCGAUAAGAAGAUUGACCGAAAGUCGAAGAACCAUAUCAAGCCUACAAUAAAACUAUCCCUAAGGACUUUAUCCCAAAUCGAGAAACUCAGCGUGCCCAAUAUAAGAUUCAUUAGCGACAAUCAAAAGCAUAGUAACAACGUGCAGAACCUAUUGAAAUACUCCAACUGUACGCCGUUCUCCAAUAAAACAUUAGCGGGAAUCGUUUGCGCGUACUGCAAAGAAACGUAUCCCACUCCUGAAGAAUUGAGACUGCACACGAACGACAAACACAAGAAGGAGGACCUAAACUUCAAUAAGCGUCUCGACAAAAGCAAUUUAUCGAUAAAAAUGGACAUAAACGAUCUUAAGUGCGCACUGUGCGAACAAAAUUUCGACGUAAUAUCGAAUCUGAAGAAACAUCUCACUAAAGACCACGACGUCAAAUUCUAUCCGGACAUUAACGAUUACAUAAUGGAGUUCAAGUUAACGAGCACAGAAAUACUGAACUGCGCGCUAUGCCACUCCACUUUUGAGACUUUCAAAAUGCUUUUGCAACACAUGAACGGCCAUUAUCGGAAUUAUAUAUGCGAUGUUUGCGACUUGGGUUUCAUAAACAAGCACAGAUUAAAAAACCACCAGAGGACGCACGAGACGGGCAACUUCAAAUGCGCGUUCUGCGAAAAGGUGUUCAGCACACGCGUCAGGAAGGUCUGCCACGAGAAAUACACGCAUAACACAAACGCCAGAUACACCACGAACUGUCCUCACUGCGAUCAAUCUUUCACCAGCUACUACCAAAGGAAUCGGCAUAUGUUCAAAGAGCACAACAUCGCCGCAGCGACGUACAGAUGCAAUAUAUGCGAUAAAUCCUUCAUACUAAAAUCCAAAUUGACAUCGCAUAUAAAAAAAGUCCACCUUAUGGAGAGAAACCAUAUAUGCGCGGAGUGCGGGCAAGGCUUCUUCAUAAAGCAGUCUCUAGACGAGCAUAUGAUAAAGCAUAACGGGGAGAGGGUGUUCAAAUGCACGGUGUGCAGUAAAGCGUACGCGCGGAAGAAAACAUUGCGGGAGCAUAUGCGGAUACACAAUAACGACCGCAGGUUUAAAUGCGGCGCGUGCGGACUCGCGUUUGUGCAGAAGUGCAGUUUGAAGAGCCAUAUGCUGUCGAACCAUGGGCUCACACUGGCGGAGUAUGAGAACGCUAAAAGCGAGCUGAAUAGCCCGUAGGAGUUUACAAAUGUGCCGUUAACCGCAAAAGUUUGGCUGCCACCGAAACCGAGAUAUUUGAAUCCUUUAACGGUAACUUAACUGUGACUUAACGGUAACUUAACGGUGAAUUAACGGUAACUUAACGGUGACUUAACCGUAACCGAGAGAUUUGAAUGCUUUGACGAAAAAAUAACGGUUGCCGUUGACAAAAGUAGUUACUUAUCCCUUAAAACUGGGAAUUUGAAGUUGAAACAGAAAGAUUUGAAUCCUUUAACAGCUAGGUAACGGUUGCCGUUGACAGAACUUGUUGCUUUUCCGUUGGAACCGGGAGUUUUGAAGUUGAAAUCUAGAUUUGAAUUCUUUAACAGCUAGGUAACGGUUGCCGUUGACGAAAGUCGUUGUUUAUCUGUUAAAUCCUUUAACAGCUAGUUAAUGGUAGUGGCCAUUGCAACCGGUAGUUUGGAAGUUACGUUGCCCACUCGUUCACACCGCGUUGCUAUGACACUAGUCGUGACCUCGUUGACAACUCUUUAACGACGUAUUGUCAAAAGACGUGUGGUCGUUGCCGAGCUGUAGACUGGUUUAGAACACGUUAUCUGCUCUCUAGAAAACGACGUGUUGACGGUGUCUUGUCAACGGCUGUCAUUUGCUUCCAAUGAAAAAUCAACAGUAUGUACAUAUAAAUAGUAGCAAUGAAUAAAUUAAUUAGGUACUAAUCCAUAAGGAAAUGUCACAAAAAUACGGUUGUCGAGUUUUUUUUAAUGUUUUUAUUGUUUCAAAGUUUAUAUAUUUUUUGACAGCUGUCAAUUUGUAAAAUGGUCGUGCAUUAACACAGGAAUUACUGUUUGGUAACUCGCUCUUAUGUAACCCAUAAAGUUAUUUGUUGUUGCAAUAAAAAAAAAUUAUAAUAAAUUUUAUUUUCAAUAAGGUAACACUGAAAAUGGCUGUGUAGUAAAAAUAUUAUAUUUUAUGAAAAUUAAACUAAAUUUGCUAUGCUUCGCGAACAGC